CGAUGUUUUCUUUUGGAGCCAAAUCAACAGCGUCUGGAACAACAAGCACUGGUGGUCUCUUUAGUAGUCUCUCAAAACCGCAGACAUCAACUCCAGCUUUUUCCUUUAACCCAACUAGUACAGCAGGAGCUUCACAACCUGCAACUGGGUUGAAUCUAAACUUCGGCUCAACGACAGGCACAUCAACAGCAGGAGGUCUGUUUUCGUCACAACCAGCGUCUGGCUCUACUGGAAAUACAAGUCUCUUUGGAGCUGCGAACCCUGCUAAGUCAUCGGCUCCGUCUUUAUUCGGUGGCUUGACAAGUACGAGCACAUCCACUGCUGGAGGACUUUUUGGAGCCAAGCCCGGGACCUCGGGUGGUCUAUUUGGAUCUUCUUUAGCUACUCAGCCUGUGACAGCGUCGACGCUUUCACAGUUUAAAGGAUUAGGAGGAACUGAUUCUUUGACUACCGUUUCAAGCACAACCGGUCAAAGUGGUAUAGCAAAUGCAAAUCAGAGCCAGCAACCGAAAUUAGCAAAAGAGGCGGCUGUACCUCCCGAGCUUCUGCAGCAUGUGGAGGCGUUGAAGAAACACAUAGAAGAAGAGAAAAAAUACCGCGAUGAAAUUGGGAAAAACUCCAGUGCGAAGCCUCUAUUUGAGAUACAAAGUGAAAUUUCAAGCCUGAGGAAUGAAACAGUUAUGGCGUUCAGCAUUGUUCAGCGCUCUUUGAAUUACGCCAACAGUAUAAAAGAAGAAUUCAACAGGGAGCUCAAAAAUUUCGAAAUGAUUUCACGCGUUCGAGAAACGCCCAUCACACUGCAAGAUGUCCACCAUAAUCCAAUUGCAUACUUUCAGCAAAAGACGGAUUUCUUUUUCAAUCAGAUGGUCAAUUUGUCAGACCAGUUGCAUCUUGUUGAAAAAUUUUUCACGGAAAGACACGGCGCCGUUACUACCGAAGAAUUUGUUGCUGGCUUACACCAAAUUAACGAAGUAUUCAUUGGCCUGGUUGGAAAGUUCCAAGUUAUGCAAGAAAAAGUGUCUCAAUUAAAGACAGAGUAUUUGCAUUACAGAAAAGUGACUCAUAGAGACUCAACUGAUGUUUUUAAACAAUUGCAGAAAGAGUCUGUGCAUUUAAAUCUAUCUGCUCUUUCACCGACAAAGUAUCCCGACGUUAAAAGUUUAGAAAAAGGCGGCGACGUUUCAUAUAGCGGAAAGACAAACGUGUCGUGUACCGUUGGUCCGAACUGCUUCACAGCUGCAUGCUCAACCAAUACAAACGCUGUGAUAGGAAAACCAGGUCUUUUCGCAGGCGCCAAUGUAUCGAGCAGCGGUAUUGGUGCUUUGAACUCAACUGGAUUUUCAACGUCACUUUUUGGAACUCCAAGUCAAUCGACAACAGGUGGACUUUUUGGAGCUCAACCUUCAUUAGGAGUGACCUUUGGAUCGCCUGCUACUACUAGCCCUUCCUCAAAACCUGGAACUAAACGAAAUAAGAGCAAAUGAGUGCCAUAAAUUAUUUGAAGAAUUGUUUUUGUUUGUCUAGAUGAGUGUAAUGAUACUUUAAAGUUAAAUUUGAUCCAUUGAUUUGUAAAA